AUGUCUCCCGCUGAAACAAGAAGUUCACCGUCACUCCGACCCUCCCCCAGCCGGCGUCGUCCACUUGAAUUAUUUUUUUUCUCUCUUUAUUUCCUCUUUUCAUUACUAUUUUCUGUCUGCUUCUCUUUUCUCUGUCUUUUUGUUUUAUGGUUCUGCCUUCUUUCUUUACUUCAUAAUUUACUAUGUUUUCCUAUCAUCUCCAUUUUUCUUCUUUUUUUUGUCUGCCUCUCCCGAUUCAAUUAUACUUACUUUCUUUCUCUUUCUCUUUCUUUUUGCGUUUCGUUUUUCUUUUUUUUUUUUGUUUCUUUUUCCUUUUCCUUCUCACUUCAAUCCUUUAUAAUUUCCUUGCUUCACGUUUUCUUUCUUGUUAAGUUUUUCACUUUUCCAUUUCCCGCCUUCCUUGAUUGUUUUAGACCUUCCGCUCUUUCUUGUUUCAUUUUAUAUCGUUUUUUUUUCAUUCUCUUAAUCUCUUUUUUUUUUUUCUCAAUGUUUUCUUUCUUUUCUCAUUAUCUUUUUCUUUGUUGUCUUCUGCCGCUCCUUUUAUUUUCUUUGUUCUUUACUUUUCCCUCUUUUCUUCUUUCUUUUCUCUUUUUUUUUUAUUUAUUUCCCCUUACUGUCUUUCAAGGUUCCGUUAUUUUCCUUUUAUUGACUUUCUUUUUCUCUUUCUUUCUUUCUUUCUUUUUUCUUUUUUCUUUUUUUUCUUUCUUUAUUUUUUCUUUCUUCCCUUCGUUAUCUCUCUCUAUUUCUUUCUUUCUAUUUCACUCAUUCUUUCUCGUUUUCUCUCUUUUUUCUUUUUCUUUCUUCUCACUUUCUUUCUCUUUCUUUCUUUCUUUCUUUCUUUCUUUUCACUCUUUCUUUCUUUCUUUCUUUUCACUCUUUCUUUCUUUCUUUCUUUCUUUUUCUUUCUUUCUUUCUUUCUUUCUUUUCUCUCUUUCUUUCUCUCUUUCCUUGUUUCUUUUUCUUUCUUUCUUUCUUUCUUUCUUUCUUUCUUUCUUUCUUUCUUUCCUCUUUGUUUUUCUCUCUUUGUUUUUCUCUCUUUCCUUCUUUCCUUCUUUCUUUCUUUCUUUUUCCUCUUUCUUUUUCUCUAUUUCUUUCUUUUUCUUUCUCUCUUUUUCUCUCUCUCUUUCUUUCUUUCUUUCUUUUUUCUUUCUUUUUCCUCUGUCUUUUCUCUAUUUCUUUCUUUUUCUUUCUUUCUAUCUUUAUCUCUCUUUCUUUCUUUCUUUCUUUUUCCUUCUUUCUUUCUUUCUUUUCCUCUUUCUUUCUUUCAUUCUUUCUUUCUUUGUUUCUUUUCUCUUCUUUCUUUGUUUCUUUUCUCUUUUUCCUUUUUUCUUUCUUUCUUUCUGUCUCUCUUUUUCCUCUUUCUUUUUCCUCUUUCUAUUUCUCUCUUUCUUUUUUUCUUUCUUUUCUCUUCUUUCUUUCUCUCUUUUUCUCUCUCUUUCUUUCUUUCUUUUUUUUGUAUCGCUUUAG